UGGUGAUUAGUUCCCAUAGUGUCAAUGAAAACGAUGGCGACCACCACUCCUUUGAAGAUCAAAAUUCUUGUUCUUGGACCACUUCAGAGCGGAAAGACGACAAUAUCGAAUUACUUGGCGGAUUCAAGUGAUAUAAGCCUCAAUAAAUAUCGACCAACCCGAGGUGUACGAAUUGUUGAAUUCGAGAGUAAUGAUCUGGAACUUGAUGGAGAACGAGUGGAAGCAGAGGUAGAACUUUGGGACUGCAGUGGUGAUAAACAAUAUCAAAAAUGCUGGCCUGCGAUUCGACGUAAUACUCAUGGUGUUAUAUUGAUAUGUAGGCCUGAUCAAGACGAAGGAUCGGCACUUUUGCCAUGGUACGAGGAAUUUGUGCAACGUGGGAACAUUGAUCCAUCACUCGUUCUUGUCCUGUUGCAUACAACCAGUGGUCAGUCCAGCAAUACAUUGACCAAUGAUGCAGUAAUCACUGGAUUUUCUCUCUUACCUCAGAUGAGCAAUCUUCGAGUUGUUUCACUGAACAUCGAUCGUGACGAUGAUAAUCUUCGAUUAGAAUUCAAUGGUUUCCUGUGUCGAGUCAUUUCAAAUGUAAAAUUUCAAAGAAUUAAAUGA